UGCGCGGUCGCAGUGCACAACGUGCAACGUGCAUAAUGAUCCAUCCCCAUCUGGUCCAUCCGCAGAAAAACCCAAGCUACGUCACUUUUAUCGUUUAUCACUGGUAGUGAUGGUGUUGACAUGACUUAUAUAUAUGAGUCAGUGUCAGUGAUCGUGAUCAGUCAGACAAAUCAAGAAUCAGUCAGUCGCAUUACACUGAAGAAGUGGCGGGAAAUAUCUUAUGCGCAGAAUUACGUUAAAUAUUAAAAUAUAGAACGUGGUACGUGUUGUUUUCAUGAGUGUUGCAGACGAUUGGACUGAGACCAGGUAUCCCAAUGUCUAUUAUUCAUCCUCCAGAAAUCUAAGAACAGUAACAGAAGCUUGAGGGAAACAAGAGUUUGUUUAUAACAUUCGUAUCCUACAGUAUUUCUAACAUUUUAUACAUAAAUAACACGUGGAAGUCAGAAUGUCGCAACUUAAACAAACAUCUAUUGUUAAUUACUUUAAUAAAGUAAAACGUUCAAUAGACCAGAAUAAAAAAAUAAUGGAAGAUAAAAGAAUAAAAUUGGAUGUAUCUAAUAGUGAAGAGGAAUGUAUAAUCGUAGAUCACUACAACGUUAACAGUGUGCUGGAAGUCAUUCUCAACGAUGACGAUGAUGAUAGAAGAGCAAUCGAAGGUAAUAAGACGAUAUUGCCAGCAACUGCCGAAAUAAUUGAUAUAACAGAACCUGAUAAUGCAAUGCAUUGGAUGAACACAAAUAAAGAUAGUAACGACUCGCUUGAAAUUCUUCUUCCGGUUAAUGAAGUAACAGUAAAUGAAAACAAAAGUAUGAUUGUAGAUCCAAAUGCAAAAAAUGUAAGGGAUACAGCACGAUUAAGAGGUACAGACAACAAAUUAGGAGAAAUGACGGAAGAGGUAGAAGAUUUCAAAAUAUCAAGACCUUCUUCUUCUAGAGAAUUAACACGAGCUAAUGAUAACAAUAAUAAUUCAGACAGAGUACGAAACGAAGAACCAAGACCUUAUAAUUAUACUCCAAAAAAGGCAUCUGAAAAGUGGUCACGAAUAAAACAUUUCAAUAAUGCGAAUAAUAAUUUAAGUAAUAGCUCGCCUCAAUAUUUGCCAAAAGUACCAUCUGGCAAAACACCUACGAAGUAUAAAAAUACACACCUCGAUUACAUUAUACAUCAAACUAUCGAGAAUUUGAAUUUAGCCAAGCAGGGUGCCAUACCGCCUAACGAUUUUGACCUAAGCGAAGUCUAUUCAAAACCUAAAUUUAAAUAUACGUACAGUAAGAAAAUAAACGCGAGCAUUUCAACGAAAUACGAGGUGGAUGGUAUAAAAACGCACAAUGACUUUAAGUCAUUUAUAUUGUUAUCAGCUAUUUGCACCGUGCUAGCUAAUCCUAUUAAUUGCGGAUAUUUUGAUGAAGACGAACUUGAUUUUAUAUAUGUUAUACUAACUCUUCCAGAAGAGGCACUAUUUCUGUUAGCUCGUUUAAUAUCAAGGAAAAGAGACUGGAUUAAGGAAAAUAACAUAAAGUAUCCUGAUAUAAAAGACAAAAGACAUGCUAUGGAAGUUCUCGUUUCGAAGGAAAUUUGUAUUGGUAAAACACAGGAUUUAUCUGAGGCACUUGAAUUAUUAGAUGCAAAAGAGAUCCAGGAUCUUUGUCGUCAAUGGAAGCUUGAAACUCGUGGAAGGAAUAAAAAAAGGAAUAUACAAGAAUUGUUGAAAUCAUCGAAACAAAAACCAUUGUUCCCCGAACAGAAGAAUAGCUCAGGCAGUUUGUUGCAGGUGAAAGUGAAUGAAAUAUUAGGCUCUUGUAUACGAAUAUCACUGAAAACGUGGGAUGUUAUUGACCGGAUAAUAAUAUUGUUAAUACCGUAUCAUUCAAAAUUAGAUAUCAAAGAUAGAAUUGAGAAGCUGAGCGACAUUUAUGGAAAAAAGAUAACAUACCCCGAACAUCCUGGAGAUUACUUUCCAGUGUUCUCUGAUAAAUCACAUUUGGUAAAAUAUAUUGAAGCGACAUCGAAAUUAUUUAAUGUACUAAGAUCCAUUGAAAAGAAGAAUUGGGAAGAAGUGCAGAAGUCUGGAAUAUCGGCUUUGACUAAUUUACCACAAAUCUUAGAAGAUGAAUCGCUAAGAUUUAAAAAUUGUGAGCUCCCCGUACAUGUACAUUGUUAUAUGCCUGGCUACAAGUGGUUGAAGAUACUCGAUAAAUGCAUACAAGCAUUGAAGAAGAGUACCGAUAAAACGCUGGCAGUAAGGGCCUUAAACUUCUUAUUAAAACAACAGUAUUACAUGCAUGGACGUAAAGGAAGAUGGCAUACCGAGUUAUAUCUCAUCAAAAUGUCUUAUUACAAACAAGAUAUUGAAAAUACUGCGUUAAAUAUAAUGAGAGUGUUGAACGAAGAAAAAUUGACUGUAAUAGACAAAGUAAAUUUAUUGGAGAGGGGAAAUAUGAUAUAUAAAAGGAAAACUGGUGGCGUCAAAGAAACUACCAAACACGAUCUUAUGAACGUUUUAUCUCUUAAUAAGCAUUAUAUUCCAGAGCAACCUCCGUCUUUCGAAAUACAAGCUGAAUUAAUGCCUGGAUCAGGAACAGGUAAAAGUAUUUGGCGGAUAGGAAGGAAUAAUACAGGUGAUACUUACGGUUCAGUAGAAAAUGUAGUAUUGCAGUACUAUAAAGAUAAAGGGUUUCCGAAAGGAAUACAUUACGAGGGUUCAUUGCCAGUUACAUUAUUCUUCACUCUGUUUUGGGAAGAAUUGUACGAUAUAAAUAUUCCUGGUGUAUUCGUGACGCCGUAUCAGGAAGCGCCAAGUGAUUUGUUCACAGAACAAUUCUAUGAGAAUAGAAAAGAUAAGAUCGAUACGAAGAUGAAGGUCCUCGAGGACUUCAACAACGAAUCGUUCAGCGAUUACAUGGAAACCAGAUUCCAAAAGUACAGACAAUAUACCAGUAUGAUGUCAAGUGCUGAAAGUGGCUUUAAGAUGAAGGAAAUAGUAUACUGUUUGGGAAAAGAAGGAGUUCUUGGGAUAUGUAAUAAGCUUUGUGAAAACUUUAAAGCUUGGAAAGCUGGCUUUCCAGAUUUAUUUUUAUGGAACUACGAUACCAAAGAGGCAGCAACCUUUACAUUGACCCAAUAUAUUAAUUUAGAUAAUAUAUUCGUAAAAAAUAGUACAUUUUUAUACAUAUAUUCUUUAAAGCACAAAAUUAUCGAAGUGAAAGGACCUAAUGAUAAACUUUCGACGAAACAACGAUUGUGGAUGGAUUACUUGCACAGACUUGGACUAAAUACCAAAUUAUGUUUAGUUAAAACGAAAAGUAAAAUAUAAUAGCAGAGAAGAUAGAAUGGCCAAUAUUUGCAAGUGGGCACUUCGUACAGGAAAGUUUACAAUUUGAGCAUUUUCCGAGAGAGAGAAAGAGAGGGCUUUCUACAUUUUUAUAUGGACAAUACGACUUAUUUUU